CAGUCGAACUCGUUUUCCCGUCGAUGGCAUGUGACGUCAUAUUGAAUAGUCGUCUUACUUGCUUCCAGUUGAAUACGUCUCAUGUCUAGGUUAUACUUUGUAAAUUGAAUGUUCUGCAUUACGUUGUCGUCUUAAAAGUGGCUGUGUGCCUGCUUAGUCUGUACUCAACAGCCUGGUUUGUUUUUUUUUUUUUCACCAUUUGCUUAGGCCCCCAAACCUAAGGUAUGAACGGCCUCUCUCUCAGCGAGCUUUGUUGUCUUUUUUGCUGUCCGCCAUGUCCCUCCCGUAUCGCUGCCAAACUGGCGUUUCUGCCUCCAGAACCGACAUAUUCUCUCGUAUCGGACCAAACAGGCUCACGGUACAGUUUGCAUCUCACAGAAAGAGCAGAGUGGCAGUAUUCGCAAAAGGAACUGGAUUGUAUCGAAGUAUUCAUGACGAGAACUACACGGGGAAACCGAAUCUCAUGUAUGUUUGUUCGCUGUUCACCCAACGCUCGUUUCACUCUGCUUUUCAGCCACGGAAAUGCAGUCGAUUUAGGACAAAUGAGUAGUUUUUAUAUCGGACUCGGAUCUAGAAUCAACUGUAAUAUCUUUAGUUACGAUUAUUCCGGCUAUGGAGCUAGCUCAGGAAAACCUUCGGAGAAAAAUCUUUAUUCGGAUAUUGAUGCGGCUUUGCAAGCCCUGCGGACUCGUUAUGGCAUCAGUCCACAAAAUGUCAUUUUGUACGGACAAAGUAUAGGAACGGUUCCUACCGUGGAUCUCGCUUCGAGAUUUGAAGUUGGAGCUGUUAUCCUACAUUCGCCUCUUACCUCUGGUGUACGUUUGGCUUUUCCGGAUACAAAACGAACUUGGUUUUUUGAUGCUUUCCCCAGCAUCGACAAAGUUCCAAAGAUCUCAUCUCCAGUUUUAGUCAUCCAUGGCACCGAUGAUGAGGUGAUUGAUUUCUCACAUGGCCUUGCUAUAUAUGAACGCUGUCCGAGAGCAGUGGAACCCUUGUGGGUAGAAGGUGCAGGCCAUAACGAUGUUGAACUUUAUGGACAGUAUCUCGAGAGACUGAAACAGUUCAUUCAUACAGAGCUAGAUUAUCUAUAUUAGUGCUGUCUAUUAAAAAAUCAAUGCUAAUCUAAAUUCUUUUUUUUUUUUUUUUCCUUUUGUUAUCAGACAGUUCGUCCUUUGACAAACUGCCUGAUUACUAAAUAUCACUAAAUGCAGAAUGACAAACAGAAAAAAAAAGAAAAAAAAUACUUACUCACCUAAAUCUUACAACUUGAGUUGUGAAACUUUUAUACACACUGAGAAUAAAUGUUAUGUAUGAGUGC